GGAUUUUGGCAGCGAGCUGCAGAGAGAGAGAGAGAGAGGGGAACCAUGCUUCGGAAGGCGUCGAAAUUCUUGAGCAGAUCAGGUACUUGGAGGUCUUUCGUGUCGCCGAAGGCCGCGGGCGAUUCUCAGCUGACUGGGUUGCAUGUCUUCCAAUGCCCGGAUCGGACGGGAAUUGUAGCUAAAAUAACAGACUGUAUUGCAUCACGGGGUGGAAACAUUCAUGACGUCGAUGUCUUUGUCCCUGAAAAUAAGCCGGUCUUCUAUUCUAGGAGUGAAUUUACCUUUGAUCCAAAACGAUGGCCACGAGCUGUAAUGGAUGAUGACUUCCUGACAAUAUCAGAAAUGUUUUGUGCUGAGAAAUCUAUCGUGCGUGUGCCAGAUUUGGAUCCAAGAUAUAAAAUUGCUGUGCUUGCUUCAAAGCUGGACCAUUGUUUGAUUGAUUUACUAUAUGGUUGGCAAGAAGGCAAAUUGCCAGUCGAUAUAGUUUGUGUCAUAAGUAACCAUGAGAGGGCACCAAACACUCAUGUUAUGCGGUUACUUGAAAGACAUGGACUGCCAUAUUACUUUUUGCCGACAAAAAAAGGAAAUAAAAGGGAAGAAGAAAUUUUGGAAUUAGCCAGAGGAACAGAUUUUCUUGUCCUUGCAAGAUAUAUGCAGAUCUUGUCAGGAACUUUCUUGGAGAGGUAUGGGAAGGAUAUAAUUAACAUCCAUCAUGGCCUUCUACCAUCAUUUAAGGGUGGUAAUCCUUCUAAACAAGCGUUUGAUACUGGUGUAAAACUCAUUGGUGCGACGAGCCAUUUUGUAACUGAAGAGCUUGAUGCAGGUCCCAUCAUCGAACAGAUGGUUGAACGAGUUUCUCAUCGGGAUAACUUGCGAAGCUUUGUGCUGAAAUCGGAGAACCUUGAGAAACAGUGCCUCACGAAGGCCGUUAAAUCUUACUGCGAACUCCGUGUUCUAAAUUAUGACCAAAGCAAGACAGUUGUCUUCUGAGAAGCACAAGGAAGCUGACAUCAGAUACCACAUAGGAUAUUGGCGGACGGGUGGCCAUCUCCUCGGUACCUUCAUUGUUAUCGACAGUGGCAGUGGCUCUUGCUGGGGAUUGCUCCGGCUGCCGCGUCACAUUUAGAUUGAUGGCGGGGCGUUACAUCAGCAUCCUCACUGGCUUGUUCUACAUGGUGUGCCUGUUGCUGAGUUCGGUCGUCGUAUGCUUCUGCUUCUCAAUGGUCACCGUUGGACAGGUACCUUUGGUGAUGCUUGGCUUGGUACCUGGAUCUGGAAAUUCUUAACCAAAUCCAUUUGUUAGAUUAAGCAAGCAAUGAAACAGUUCAUAUCUCAAAAGCUUGCAAGGAGACGUUAUGCUCUCAGACAUUGAUUCAUUUAGGAAAAAAAUGAUAAAAUGGUGUCAUUUGACUCGUUUUUUAUACUUCAA